AUGGCGGCUGCGCCCCAGCCCCCUCACUGCAGCGGCAUUGCCAGCCCCUCGCUUGGGCUCACAGUGGGCUCCUCAUGCCCCUGCGCGCUGUUCGGGCGGCGUGGAACGCUCGCCCCCAUCCUUCCAGUGUCGCUGCAGUGCCGCUCUGGUGAUGCCUUCUGCAGCCAACCGUGCCAGCGUCCCCCUGGGCACUUUGAGCUUGUCCGAGGCCUCUCUGCUCUGGGGCGAGGUGACAAGCUGGUGAGGCAGGAGGUCACCACAACAUCUUCCCCCACAAAACCAGGAGCACUGUGCUACCAACCCACUGCUGCAGCGUGGGGGGAGCCCCUUCUUUGGGCCUUGGGGAACCAGCCGGCUCCACGGCACGGGGUGAUGGUGGAUGUUGGGGAACGCCCCAAAGGGCUGGAAAGCCACUCCAAAUGGCUAGGAGGCAGCCCAAAAGGGCUAGGAGGCCACUCAAGCUCUCACUUCAGUGCAGGAAACUGUUGUGCCCUCAAAACCAGCCCAGGCAAGCAGCUGUCCAUGUCCUGCUUUGACGCACACCAGAAUCAGCCUUCAAAUCAUUGGGACAACCUUUGGAAAUCAGGCUGGACUUUCACCCUGACUCAUUUCCCAUUUCGCACUCAUUUUACAGGGAUUCUUCUCCAGGCAAACUGCUUCAAAGUUGCCAGCUUCCAUGUAGCUGUCAGCAACCUGAGUGAGACUCUAAAUGUGACAGACCAAAGGCAGCUUGCCACAGGUUUUAUGAAACUUGUGAAAGCUGAGGACACCAAGUUUUGUGUUGACAUUCUGGAAAACAUUCAGGUUUUGUCAGACGAUAUAUGGGGGGAAAAUCUGUCAAAAUUCCCUGCUACUCACGCUUUUAUGAACUGGAAUAAACUAUUCCAGUAUUCAGAUCAGCAUCUGAACACCAAGGUCUCCAAAGCUGAAGUGCCUCAAUGCUUACUGAACUACCAUCUCUGUCUGAUAUGAUGGCCUAAAUAAAAAACAGGAGGACAAG